CGCCCCCUCCCUCCCUCCCCGCGGCGGCCGCGGCUACUCAGUGCGCGGCGAACAUGGCGGCGGCGGCGGUCGGGCGGGACACUUUACCUGAGCACUGGUCCUACGGCGUGUGCCGGGACGGCCGCGUCUUCUUCAUCAACGACCAGCUCCGCUGCACGACCUGGCUACACCCGCGCACCGGGGAACCCGUCAACUCCGGCCACAUGAUCCGCUCAGACCUGCCCCGCGGCUGGGAGGAGGGCUUCACGGAGGAGGGCGCCAGUUACUUCAUCGACCAUAACCAGCAGACCACCGCCUUCAGGCAUCCUGUGAGUGGGCAGUUUUCUCCAGAAAAUAGCGAAUUUAUUCUUCAAGAAGAGCCAAAUCCACAUAUGUCGAAGCAAGAGGGAAACCAAAGACCGUCCAGCAUGGUCAGUGAAACGUCCACAGCCGGGACCACUUCUACCAUGGAGGCCAAGCCUGGCCCCAAGAUCAUAAAGUCCAGCAGUAAAGUCCACAGCUUUGGGAAGAGGGACCAAGCCAUUCGGAGGAACCCCAAUGUUCCGGUGGUGGUGAGGGGCUGGUUGCACAAGCAGGACAGUUCUGGGAUGAGGCUGUGGAAAAGGAGGUGGUUUGUGCUGGCUGAUUAUUGCUUGUUUUACUAUAAAGACAGCCGAGAAGAAGUGGUCCUUGGGAGCAUUCCUCUGCCCAGCUACGUGAUCUCAACAGUGGCCCCCGAGGAUCGCAUAAGUCGCAAGUAUUCCUUUAAGGCCGUGCACAUGGGGAUGCGAGCACUCAUCUAUAAUAGCUCCACCCGGGGCUCUCAGGCCGAGCAGUCGGGCAUGAGGACCUACUACUUCAGUGCCGACACCCAGGAGGACAUGAACGCCUGGGUCAGGGCCAUGAACCAGGCUGCACAGGUGCUAUCUCGAUCGUCACUGAAGAGGGACAUGGAGAAGGUGGAGCGGCAGGCGGUCCCCCAGGCCAACCACACAGAGUCCUGUCGUGAAUGUGGCCGCAUGGGACCCGGACAUGCAAGGGAUUGUUCUCAUCGCAACCACGAGGAUUCCUUUGGAUUCGAGAGGCGGGAGCAGGAGGAAGACCGGUACCGGUCCCAGAGGGACCCACUGGAGGGCAAGCGGGACAGGAGCAAGGCCAGGUCCCCCUACUCGCCAGCCGAAGAGGAUGCCUUGUUCGUGGAUUUACCCAGUGGCCCGAGAGGCCAGCAGGCUCAGCCCCAAAGGGCAGAGAGGAACGGUGUGCUGCCUGUCACAUCUGGCCCAGGAGAGCAGAACGGGACUGGCGGGUACCAGCGGGCCUUUCCUUCCAGGACCAACCCUGAGAAGCACAGCCAGAGGAAGAGCAGCCUGGCGCACGUGGAGCAGUGGGCAAAGGCCCAGAAGGCGGACGGCAGGAGCCUGCCCCUGGACCAGACCCUUCCUCGCCAGGGUCCCAGCCAAUCCCUGUCCUUCCCAGAAAACUACCAGACUCUUCCCAAGAGCAGCCGACACCCGUCAGGGGGCUCUUCACCCCCUCCCCGCAACCUGCCGAGUGACUACAAGUACGCGCAGGACCGAGCCAGCCACCUGAAGAUGUCGAGUGAGGAGCGCCGGGCACACCGGGACGGCACCGUGUGGCAGCUCUACGAGUGGCAGCAGCGCCAGCAGUUCCGGCACGGUAGCCCCACGGCGCCCAUCUGUGCGGGCUCCCCAGAGUUCGCCGACCAGGGCCGGAGCAGGAGCAUGUUAGAGGUGCCCCGCUCCAUCUCUGUGCCUCCAUCUCCCUCGGACAUCCCUCCCCCGGGGCCCCUGAGGGCCUUCCCACCCCGGCGGCCACACACGCCAGCAGAGAGGGUCACUGUGAAGCCACCGGACCAGAGAAGGAGUGUGGACAUCUCGCUGGGCGGUUCUCCCAGGAAGGCAUGGGGCCACACCACCAAGAACUCCUCUCAUGUGGACCGACGCUCCAUGCCCUCCAUGGGUUACAUGACCCACACUGUCAGUGCUCCCAGUUUACAUGGAAAAUCGGCUGACGAUACCUACCUCCAGCUGAAGAAAGACCUGGAGUACCUGGACCUAAAGAUGACAGGCCGGGAUCUUCUCAAGGACCGAAGUCUGAAGCCAGUGAAGAUUGCCGAGAGUGACAUUGACGUUAAACUGAGCGUCUUCUGUGAACAAGACAGGAUCCUCCAGGACUUGGAAGACAAGAUACGAGCCCUUAAGGAGAACAAAGAUCAGCUGGAAUCCGUGCUGGAGGUGUUGCACAGACAGAUGGAGCAGUACCGAGACCAGCCCCAGCACCUGGAGAAGAUUGCCUACCAGCAGAGGCUGCUGCAGGAGGACCUUGUCCACAUCCGGGCAGAGCUCUCCAGAGAGUCCACUGAGAUGGAAAAUGCCUGGAAUGAAUACCUGAAGUUAGAGAGAGAUGUGGAGCAGCUGAAGCAGACCCUGCAGGAGCAACACAGAAGAGCCUUUUUUUUCCAGGAGAAAUCGCAGAUACAGAAGGAUCUCUGGAGGAUCGAAGAUGUCAUUGCAGGCCUGAGUGCAAAUAAAGAGAACUUCAGAAUCCUGGUGGAAUCGGUCAAAAAUCCGGAGAGGAAAACAGUGCCUUUGCUUCCUCACCCGCCUGUGCCUUCAAUCUCCUCUUCUGAGAGCAAGCCGCCCCUGCAGCCCAGCCCGCCCACCAGCCCCAUGCGGACCCCUCUGGAGGUUCGACUCUUCCCCCAGCUGCAAACCUACGUGCCGUACCGACCUCACCCGCCCCAGCUGAGGAAGGUGACGUCUCCCCUUCAGUCACCAACCAAGACGAAGCCCAAAGUUGAAGACGAGGCACCUCCCAGGCCCCCGCUCCCUGAGCUCUACAGCCCGGAGGACCAGCCCCCGGCCGUGCCACCUCUACCGAGGGAGGCCACCAUCAUCCGGCACACUUCAGUGAGGGGCCUCAAGCGGCAGUCGGACGAGAGGAAGCGAGACCGGGAGCAGGGGCAGUGUGUGAACGGGGACUCGAGGGUGGAACUCCGGUCAUACGUCAGUGAGCCUGAGCUGGCGACCUUCAGUGGGGACAUGGCCCCUCCCUCCCUGGGGCUCGUGGGCUCUGAGAGCAGGUACCAGACGUUGCCAGGCAGAGGGCUCUCGGGGUCCACGUCAAGGCUCCAGCAGUCGUCCACCAUCGCUCCCUACGUCACGCUUCAGAGGGGUCUAGAUGCCGAAAGCAGCAAGGUGACCUACCCUAGACCCAGGAGUGCCUUGGAGCGCCUGUACUCAGGGGACCACCAGCGGGGCAAGAUGAGCGCGGAGGAGCAGCUCGAGCGCAUGAAGCGGCACCAGAAGGCGCUGGUCCGGGAGCGCAAGAGGACGCUGAGCCAAGGAGAGAGGACGGGUCUGCCCUCGUCCCGCUACCUCAGCCAACCACUCCCUGGAGAUCUCGGCUCAUGGAAGCGCGAGCAGGACUUUGACCUGCAGCUGCUGGAACGGGCCGUACAAGGGGACAGAAAGGACAAGGAGGAGAAUGGCUGGCUGAAGGUGCGGGCUGUGCCUGUCACUGAGUUGGACCUGGAACCACAAGACUAUGACGUGGACAUCAGCAGAGAGCUCUCCAAACCAGAGAAGGUCUCCAUCCCCGAGCGUUACGUGGAGCUGGAUCCUGAAGAGCCGCCCAGCCUGGAAGAACUGCAGGCGCGGUACCGCAAAGCCGAGAAGAUCCGGAACAUCCUUGCCCGGUCCAGCAUGUGCAACCUGCAGCCAGUGUCUGGCCAGGACCAGGACAGCGUGGCCGGCCUGGGCUCGCAGCUGCAGGAGCAGGAGCGCAUCAUCAACAUCUCCUACGCCCUGGCCUCCGAGGCCUCGCAGCGCAGCAAGCAGGUGGCAGCACAGCAGCUGGCCCUCCUCCCGCCUAAAGCCCCCCUGUCCUCCAGGACGGUGCCACCUUACCCCCCCUUAAGCAACGGACUCCACUACACCUUUGUCUAACACCUUCCAAGUAAGAGCCCCCUCCUGGCGUGUGCCCUCACCUGGCGCUGAGCAUGGCCCCUCCCCUCUGCUGCCGAGAUGAUUGCGGUGCCACCUGCUGACGCUUCCUUCCAUGGGCAAAGCGGCUGCUCGGGAGACCCCUCCUGGACUGGUAGGCAGGUGGGGGGCUGAUGAUUUUUAGGAACUCAACGUUCAGCGGCUCUGAUACAGUAGAGACUGUGUGAUCCAAGCCCCCUGGCUCCCUGAAAUCUCAGGAGCUAGAGCUGCGCCCCUUCCCGCCCCGCUGUCCUUCCUGCAGGCGGCCCAGUGCCCCAGGGGACCAGGGCAGGCCAGACGGAGGGCUUGGGAAGGGGGGGCGCUGGCUGGGAAGGAAGAAUUAGAUCAUGGCCUCUCCCCGUCAGGGCUUUGGCCAAAGAAAUGGAAGAACCGGAAGCCUAGAAAAACCAGUUUUGCAGAUGAGGACAUGGGCCCUGUGAGGGAUGGGGGCUCAUUCCAGUCACAAGGGAAGCUUCAGGAGGAGGCUGCCCAGGGUGAUGGCGCUCACCCCUGCAGAACAUUCCAGCACCACCCCUUCUGAGUCCUCCCCACGUGGGCAUUUAUGGUGAGAGGAGGCAGCGUGGGAGUAGGGAGGGAGUGCUGGACCAGGAGUCGGGAGGCCGGGGCCAAGUCCAGGCUGUUGUUCUGAGUUCUUGGCUGUUGCCUCACCUGGACGGGGAGGGCGUAUCAGGAGUCUCAGCAGCCCUUUCCCUGACGUUCCACUUCAUACGACUGUGUAGGGCUUCCCCUCUCAUCCCUCUAUACGCACUUGUGGUUAACGUUGCUGAGCGCCUACUCCGCGCCAGGCAUCGCGCUGAUCAUCUCCUUUGACAACAAGCCAAUGGAGAUAUUCACCCCAUUUUACAGAUGAGGAAGCGUAGCUCAGAGACCCUGAGGGACUUGCCCAAGGAGUUGCGGCUGUGUCAGAGCCAGGGUUCGAACCCCUUCUGUGCGAGUUCAGAGCCUCUGUUCUCCAUCGCCACCCUGGGCCCACCUGGGCCACCUCCAUUGGCCCACCUGGGCCACCCCCGGGGGCUCUAGAUGUUUGGAGAAGGGAGUGCAGUGAGGGAUGGCGGUGUGUGGUUGGGACGGAGACAUGGUCUUGGGCAAGUGUCCACCCGCCCGGACGCUUCACUGUCCUGAGGGUGGCAGGAGGAGGUCGGCCUGUUGGGCCAGGCUCUCGGGACGUGUGCAGUAGGGACCCCGUGACUGAGGAACCCCAGGGAAUGCUCCAGCCAGGUCUUUUGUAAAGGCUGCAGGGUCUUCUGGGGCCACGGGAGUGUGUAUGGUUUUCUCCUGGAGAUCAAGUGUGGUGACGCCACCCCAGGCCACAGAGAGGCAGAGGAGAGGCUGUGUUCCUCUCUGCUUUUGGUGCCCCUGUGGUCAUGAGAUAGGCCUCUAAUGCUCUUUUCAGAGCACACACACAUUUCCUUGUACCCUUCCAGCACCCUCAUUAGGAGAUUGGUACAGUCACCCUGUUUUUAGAUUAAGAAAACGAGGCCCAUGAAGGCUGAGAGAGUUACCCAGAGUCCCUCAGCAAAUGAAGGGCAGAGCCAGAACUGGACCCCAGAGUCCUCUUUGCUCAGGCCUUCUGCCCUAUCAGAGCAGGGACCCAGUCUAGGGGCCAGCAUGUGUCUGGCAAACUUCCUAGAAGUGGUGAGGGUGGAGGAAAGGUGGGAUGCCCGUUAGUUCUCGAAGCCGAGGGUCCCCCAGCAGCGGCCGCAUUGCCCCAGCCCCCUGCUCUGCUGUUCUCUGUCUUGUCAGCCUGCCAUUCCCUGUCACGUGUGCACAGACACGCCCACCGCCUGCUCCCCAGACGUGGGCUGGGGUCCUGCCAGCCUCUCAUUGUCUCCUGUGCUUUUUGCCAGCCCAGGCAGUGACUGACCCGUGAUCCAGCGUGCAGAGAAGUCUGGAGCCAGGGGCCAGUGGAACCAGUUUCCUCCGAGAAGAUUGAUCCUUCUUCCCCUUCCAGCUGAGCCGGGGUUCAGGCUGGAGGACAGAGCACCACCAGCUGUGGGGGCAUUCACCACAGGGCUAGGGCCUAACACCCACGCUUGUUUUAGUUCAGACUCCUUUUUACAUGUGACAAAGGCACUUUUAAUACACACUGUAAAAUACUGACUCUGUAUUUUAGAAUCAGGCUAUAUUUUAUAAUGUUCACCUCAAGGGCUGAGUGGCUGAGAAGGUGAGGAUGCAGGAUUUUGGAGCUGCACAUACAGAUUCAGGUACCGUUUGGGUGGUGGGUGUGGGUGGGAGCCGAAGGGCAGGGUGAGCAGAGGCCAGUCCAGCAUCUGCUGAACUCAGGUGAGGUUGGAUUGGAGAUGUACUUCCAGUGGAUUCCAGUGUUGGGCUCAUUGGUCUAUUGUCCAGGGCAGUGAUCAGCUGACCCUGACCUGGCCUGAUGACCAGCUCUGUAGGGUGAAACUCCACCGAGCUGGCACGUGGAGCCUCGGCCUUGGGUCUGGCUUAGGCCCAAAGGUGUGUCCAAGAACUUUGGUUCCCAACCUGCCCAUGAGGUUCUCUCAGCAAAGGGCUCUUCAAAAAAAAAAACAAAACAAAAACAGUUCGCCGUAAUUAAAAAAAAAAAAAAAUACACUUUGAAAUACAGAAAAGGUGAGAAGAAACACCUUUGAUUUGUAUCAUAAGCAAUAAAUGUCACACUGGGUGGCGUGUACCUACAACUCCCUGAGUCUGCACUAGGCUGUGAUAGGUAUCCUGGGGUCUUUGCGGCUGGCCCCUGAGAACACAGGUCAGCCUACCCAGGACUUGGGUCAGGUGGCAGGUGGGCAGGCAGCGGGCCCCUACCCUCCCUGAUGGCCAGCAGGGCCACGAUGACAGGACUAUGACUUGACUUCCAGCCUAAAACGGGGAGGGCGCUGUUAAGCCAGGCGCAGUGUUUGUGGCCCUUUAUGUAAGUCAUGAGCUCAUGAUAUUCUGCAUUCGGAAAAUGAAGUUGAAAAACAAACAAACAAAAAACAACUCCAUUGGGUGGAGCCACACUUUAAAUGAAAAUUUGUCUUUGACUAUGGUCAGAAAAAUAAUCUUGAAUAUAUUUAGAAGUUGCCGUCUAUUUUUAACUAACUCCAUAUGCUGCCAGUAUCGACUUCAUGACAUUUGCCAAAAUAAGAUUUUAUUUUUGCCUUUAUAAGAUUUUGUUGGAAAAAAUGAAAUGACUAUUUUGCAAGAAAAAGUUAAUUUAAAUAAAACUGUAAUGGUUUGCAAAAAAAAAAAAUGUGAUGUACAGAUUAAAAUAUUAACCUGA